AGCUACAUUGCCGGCGAUGGAGUCGAAUGCUCCAAGAGCUCGCUCCGCAUUAUCGGCGGCUUCAUGAGCGUGAGGGGAGGCCCCAAGGACGCUCGCGAUCUGCCCGGUGCGACGGCAGUGUAUAGAGUCGCCCGUCGUCCCCCGACAACAGGGAUAGCCGUCGCGCUGUCCCUAAGUCGGGGUACUGGGCGGCGCUAUCAUGUGUCCCACAUACAGCACAUUGCAUGCGUCGAGCUUCCGAUGGCUGAACAUGGAAAUGUACUAACCUGUACAGUACGCGCGGAGACGUGUCCCUUUGGUGACCUUGCACCCGUGUCCCAUGCUAACAUGCCCGCCGUGCUUCGCUAUGGCCAGGAUAGUAUAUCUGGUAGCCGUCGGAUGUCUUCUGAACCGCCGGCCGCCUAUCACCAGGGUGCUCGCGCGUACCCUGGCGGGGACCUGCCGUGCGAUCAAGGGUUCGCUGGCCUUUCAACCUGGUGCGAGAAGGACCCUGAUCUGAAGAUAGGGUUCACCGGCCUCAAUGGACGGAUGACAGACGGUGGGUCACCUCCUCGCUCUUAUACCCGGCGUUCACUGGCGCUUGUUUCUCCGUCUCCCCACUCACUACCGCCAACAAUGUCGACCGCUAACGUCUCCAACGCCUCUAACCAAAACGAUGACGGCGCGGAGGUGCAGGCGAUACUCGACGACGCCUUCAAGAAGCGCGCAGCGGCAGAGGCUGAAAGAGACGACUUGAAGCAAUGGCUCGACCUCACCAAGGCCAGACUCGAUUCGUCGGAGAGCUUCGUCAGCAGCCUUCAGCAGUCCAUCGAGGAACACUCCGGGACCGCGAGACUUCGCCGACAGGAAGUCCGCGAAGUGAAGAAAGAGUUCAGGAGUAUUUUCGUCGAAGUGCGGACCGCGCUGGACGACAACUAUGGCAGGCCAAUCCCUGAUACGAUUUUGCUCAAUAUCUCAACCUAUGCCGACGGGGACACCCGACUUGUUGUGUCCUCCGUCAAUCACGCCCUGCGCACCCGACUGGUGCCCCUGAUGUUCAAGACGAUCGUGGUAGAUCAAGACGAUGAGCGCUCCAUAAAAGCGCUGGGUCGUGGUCUUCUGGCAACCGCGCGCGAACUCGUGCUGCAUGAUACCAGGCUCGCUCGUGAACUCAUCCCGCAUGCCACUCGAUCCGCCCCCCUGCGUCUUCAAAGCCUCACAUUCUCCCCCGACUCCGACGAUGCGCUCUACAGGGAGACUAUGGCCAUCUCCUGUCUCUUGCCUUUUCUGCGGGCGUCGCCCCAUCUAGAAAGGCUGGAUUGCGUCUUGGUACUUCGCCGCCAGCGUGAUCUGUUUGCGCUUAUGUCCGAAGUGACUGGAAUCAAGAAGCUUGUGAUACAGCACAUAGAAGGCCCUCAGCGGGAGCCACUAUCCGGUGAAACUGCGCCUUGGGUGAGGCUCGAAGAGCUCAUCGUUGGGAAUGGGGUGACGGAUGCGUGGUUUGAGCUCGUGCUUCCGCCCCACUGGCACCCACCCCUCACCGCGCUUGACAUUUCCAAAGGAGCUGAUGUCACUUGGACCACCCUGCGUGCUUGCCUGGGCUCUGUUCGAAGCAGCAUCGAACGCUUGCAUAUAUCUUCCAGCAUGCUCCUCGAGAACGACGAUACAGAAGGCGCAGGCCUGCAUUUCGAAGGGCAUCUGCCUGCCCUCCGCGAGCUUCAUGUUCGGAUGCUCACGCGACGCGGAGACCGAUUGCAGGAGAUGGAUGGCGUCAAGAACCUCAUUCGCGUCCUAUCCAACGACGCGUUAGCACCCAUCACUGAACUUCACCUCGAAUUCUUCAUCAUGAGCGUCUUCUACUCUGACAUGGGCCGUGGAGGAGGCUACCGAGGGGGGAACAAUGCCGACGUUACAGGCAUAUGCGGUGAUCGCCUGACGCUCUCAUGGUGGCAGUCAUUCGCGCUUCCACGGCGCUGCUCCAUGAUCAUCUUGAUCAUCUACGACGCAGAGGACGAGGCAAGUGACUCGGAGAGCACCGAUUCCAGCGCGACCGACAGUGACUUGGACGAUGGUCAUCGGGCGUCUCAAGCACGCUAUCCCUCCGGUCUCUUGCGACGUCCUUAUGGAGAGAACGAAGGCCUGAAAUGGAAGCCGCAUGCUCGGUCUCUGCUGCUUCACCUCGCCCAAAGCAUCGGUGUCACCGCGCGUGUCUCAUUCGCUCCAGGGGAAUGCCCCUCCAGCGGGUGGCCAGAGGAGUGGAUUGAGCAGUUCGAAGAAGACCCCGACAAGGCGAUGGAUGAGAAUGAGACCGCCCUCUUCUACAACUGGAGGGAAUGGGAGGUUUGA